CAUCGAGAAACCCUUCUCUCGAUGGCGAAGGGAGCAAAAAGGAAGACCAAAUGGGUGUCCUUGUCGCUGGCCAACGCAAACACAAAAACCUCCAAUGCGGCCGGCUCGGAUAGCGAACAGGCGUUGCCCCAUCAGACGCAAAGCUAUGGUGAAGGACACCGCUUUAAAAUGCUCAACGGAACUAGUUUAGCUUCAAAACCUAGCAAAGAUUUGACAGCUAGAACUGAUGCAACAGAGGAGCGCGACGGAAAUGAACGCACACAGCAGGACCAUCAGAGUGGCAAUCGAACCGAUACCAGUACCGGUAGCGAUUGUGUUGCGGGAUCGGAGCGACGUCCUGCGAGCAGUUACCAAAGACGUCGGCCACCACCAUAUAACACGCGAACGAAUUGGAGUGGAGGAGUUUCCACCGGAUCUAGUAAUGGUCGAAACCAAUUCCAUCGAAACGGUUACUAUGGCAAUGGCGGCAAUGGACAUUACGGCACGGGGAAAAGGUCUCACUACGAUAACUACACACGGCGACAGCAAAAUACAGCAAGCGCCCCGAACAGAACGACCUCCGGAGAUGGAGGAGAGGCAGGAAGAACGACGGCAGUUAACGAUGACGAGUACACCCGAAUAACUACCCCGCGACAAGAUGUACUGUUCAAGAAAGGAUACCUUUCCCGACCGAAGCCUUCCGUCGCGACUGCCAGUACGUCAAACACCGGUUCCAGCUCACUAGCCGGCACUACGAGCGAGGGUAGCGAUGGAGGAAACGGAGGCAGUAACAGCAUUUCCACGACCGAAUCCAUAACAUCCGAGUAUGGUGGAUCGUAUGCGGCAGAUGGCGGUCAACUGUUUGACUAUUCCUUCCCGUGUGUUCCGUGCGGAUACUUUACCGAAAAUGGCGUACUGGUGAUGAAUGGUUUUGCUGUGGAUAACAAUGGCUUUUCGUACUUUAACGGUGGUCAGACGUACAUCUAUCCGCCGAACUACAGCAACUGCCAACAAUCACCGACGGUGACCACUACGACCACAGGGGACGACCAAACGAUGGAUUCAAAUAUGCUCUACGCAAACGAUGACAUGAAUGACGAAACUAAUGCGAAUGAAUCGACCGAUCUAGACAGUUCCACGGCGGACCAUUCGACACCCGUCAUAGAAACCGAAUCAGUGCCAGUAUAUAACGAAAACGGCGGCAACACCGCUAGUGAUGGUCAAUUUUUCUCGAACGAUGGCCUUUCCUCGAUGGAACAAGUGCCCCUGUGCGAAGUGGUUCCGGAGCAGCAGAUCGUUCCGAAUGGUUCCGAGCAAUUAAACGGAGAACUAGUGUCGGUAGGUGCGGAAAAUGAAACAGCCGCUUCCACCUGCGUGCAGGACUUCUCGGAGAAUGGAUACUUCCCGUACACGAAUGGGUAUGAUUUCGCACAGUUCUACAACUCGCUUUGCUAUCCUGGCUGGAUGAUGGACCAGCAGUACCGCUUGUAUGAUGAUGCUGUUCUUCCACUAUACUGCGGUUCAGAGUACGCUAUGACGAAUGAAGAGGCCUACGGACAUCAGUCAAGCUAUAAGAAGCGUAAAAAGCGUUUCCGCAUGCUUGAGGAGAUGCCAUCUGGCAAUGGAAACCCUUCUGACGUUGGAGGUACAACUUCCACAAUCGUGGACGAAUCCAACAUUACUGGUAGCGGCAAUGCUACCGAAUGCGUGCCAGAAAACCAUGUUCCUUCUACUGAUGUUUGCAAUCAGUCAUAUCAACUGAAUGCAGAUGUUCAAGAGUUUCAACCCUCCCCCAUCCAACCUGACGCAACAACGAUCAUCCCAAAUCUUGACCCAACUGAACCUGAUAAAAACUUUGAACUUUCUGUCAAGAUAAAUAAAACCGCCAAGACUCAGGCUCCAGCGAAAAAUCGACAUCAAGCUGCCCCUAAGCUUUCAAAAUCUUCGUCCAAAACAAUGUCUGCCGGAGCUGUUGUUGCUGCUGCUGCUCCGCCUUCGGACGAUGCGUCAAAAGUAUCUUCAGUGUUGGGUAGUGGAAAACCCGCAGCAAACAAAGCUAAUCGGAAGAAGGACCUGAUCGAAUCAACGCUAGCCUUUGCCGCCCAGAACAUUGAUCUCACGCGUCCAAAAGCGAUCGCUUCCGAAGCGCCGUCCCACGAUAGCGAACUGUGCUGGACAACCAUCGAUCGAAAUGGCCGAAAGAAACGAAUUGCAUUGGUUCCGGACCAGGAACCGGUCACUGCCAUUGAAACGGAGAAGCAAUCUUCCGGGGAAGAUAGAACGAAUGAGAAAUCAACGGUUGGAGAUACGAUACAGAGGUUAGAGCCAUCGACCGUACUACAGGAUAGUAGUCCUGCUGCAGCAAGCCCGUCAUUGUCCGUCUCGAACGACGUGGCCACGGAUGCUGGUGGUAAAAAGGAACCACAAACUAAAAGUAAGAAAAAGACACAUAAGCACAAAAGACAACAACAGCUCCGCAAGUCGGUGACUAACUUCAAUAAGCAACCGCUAGAAGGGUUCCAGCUAAUCGAGCCUGAGUUUGCAUCAGCUGCGGCGGGGCAUCGUCGGGGUAGGAGUAGUGAUAAGGCUGGACGUGUUGAACCGACCGCCCAGAAAGCUCUCGGUACAGUUGUGGAGAUUGUAUCGGGCAGCAAUAUCAAAGAGACAUUACCCAAGGCGAACCUGGAGCAAAGCGAAUACCGUGCUGUUGACGAGCAACCAGAAAUCAUGGAUGAGAAAUUGAAUUGUGAUAAAUUAAGCAAUGGUGAACCACCGGAAGUUUCACCCGCGGAAGAGGUCGUUGAGGUUGAAGUGGUUGAAGAGGAGGUGGUUGCUCAAAAAUUGGUGCCACAGCUAGCACCUGCUUCUGCGUUUGGAGAGAAAGGUAAUCUUAAUGAGACUGAGACUGAAAAUCACCACCAACAACAACAACAACCGACGACGUUGGCAGUCGUUGAGGAAGCACAAAACGAAGAACCUCAAGCUGAAGUCGUCGAAGAAGAAGAGGAGGUAACAGUCAUUGAAAAAGAAGCGGUGAUAGAAAAUGAUAUCAAAAAGGUUGUACAGACUGAAGCUGUGUUAGGCGAAGCUGAUCAGGAGAAUGUUGAGCUCAACCAGGACUCUAUCGAGCUUGUUUCUUCAUCGGCAAGUCAAGAACCAAACGUGAAGAAGCAAACUGUGUCUGUUCACGAUGGCGAUAAAACAAAUGAACUUCUAUCGCCACCAACCUUCGAGGAGCAGCAGAUAACAAACGUUGAACUGUCCGUCGAUACGCGCGUAUUUGUUGCCGUUGCCAAACAGCUCACAAUCAGCCCCAUCAGUCUCAUCAAUCCCACAUUGCCAGCGCUCGAAGAGGAUGAAGCGGAAGAUCACGUGGAUGGUGCGGAUGAUGGCAUCGGAUCGGAAGGUGACGAUAUUCGCACCAAGCGGGGAAGUGUUUCUGGAGCCGGCUAUACCGAAAGCAUUGACUCGGGUUUGCAAAGUCCUGCGCCUUGUGGUGGUGUAGCCUCACCCGAAACCUCUUCCAUGGUUAGCUCGAUCGAAAGUCAACCUGCCAUAGACUUGCCGGGAGUGAACUCCGCCCAGUCGGCCUUGUCGCAGGUGGUAGGUACGUGGCUUAUGAGCAAACUGCAAGUACACGAACCGGACGAGGUAUUUGUGCUGCCAAGCAAUCCACUGCUAAUCCAGCGUCUGGAGCGGUUCCAUCAGCUGCAGCGACGGGAGCGACGUGACCGGCUCCGUGGAGCUGUAACGUCUGAAUCGGAGGGAGAAGACGAGGAGUAUGAUCUCGAAGACGACGAUGAUGAUGAUGAUGACGCGGACAGUGACUACAUGAGCGACGGUCAGGGUAGAAUCGAUCGUACCCAAUCUGAUGAUGCAAAUAGCACUAAUCCAGGUUCGCCCCUCAACUCUACCCAACAGCAGGCGGUUGGUGUGGUGCAGAAAAGUCACUUAGAUGAUGCACAAACUGGGCCACAGCUUGUGAGCGAGAGCAAACAACACCGUGCACUGCAGCACAGUGAUAGCGGCGAUUCCGGAGCAAGCGUGCCGCGAACAGCUGAUUCGAAACGCUGCUCGAUCAUGUAGGGAUUCGCGCACUAGCCAAGACGAGCUUCAUCUUCAUCUUAUAAAUAAUCUACAUCAUAAUCAGAGCAGCCAGCCCUACGAAACUCACACGCGUGCCGACCGACACAUA